GAUAUGACAAUUGACACUGAGGAGUGCUCUCCGUUAAUAAAUUAGUAAUUUGCCGCCAAAUUCUAAGCUGAAGUUCUUCAAGCUUUCACCUCUCUCUCGUGUGUGUUGAAAAUGGCGCUUCCAUUUGCUUUCCAAGAGAGGCUUCAACAGAUGGAAGAAACCAGAAACCAAAGACUUACUCUCCUUCAGGCUGAAAAAGACGUUCAAAACAAAAAAUCUUCAAUUUUAUCAUCCAAAAUUUCAAACAUCAGAUCUAUGGAACAAAGGUGUUUAGUACUUGAACAGAUCAAUGCCGCAUCAAAGUACAAAAUUUUAGCUUAUAAAUCUGAAAUUGAAUCCGUUGAAGCAAGAUAUCAAACCGCUGCUCAUCAAUUCAGGGUUUUGAAAAGUGAACUGAUUGAGCUGGAGGAAUCGGAGAAGGAGAAGGAGAGGUUUUAUGAGAUGAAGAAUCUUGAAAUGAAGGAAUUCAGGGAAAACGUUGAUAGGUGUCUUUCAGAAAAUCGUUUGCUAGUACAGGAGAUUAAGAAAAGCAUUGAUGAGCUCAAAUCAAGCCUCGAAGAAUUUCAGAUCAACAAUGAAUGUUUGGAUAAUUUCGGGAUAGUUGCUGUCGAGGCAAGAAAGACAGAGCUUUUAUUAGUCAAACAGAAUUUGGACAGAAGUCUCGCUUCAAAUUACCAGCUAAGAACCCAGUUACAGAAGCAGCUCUACAACAGUUUAAUUUCACCAGAGAGGGGAAAAAAAUGAUUCAGGACAGUUGAAACAGGCUAAAUAUACACAGCGCAAUGAUGAAGAUACACCUUGGGUUUAAUCAGCUCAAACGAUCAUCAAACAGUCAUAAAGCAACAUCCAUGUUGAGUUCUAUGGGUAGAAAGAUGUUCAUAAGAUAUGAUUGCAUUCAUAAAGGCUUAUAGGUAAGUCUAAACAGAGAGAAAGUCAAGCUAAAACUGUUAGUUGAAUUACAUAUAGAGUCACGUGAAACUGUUAGUUGAAGUUUUGAGUCACAGAAUCAGGUGUUCUGCCAAUUGGACUUUGAAAAAGAUCUAAUUUUACUCUGACAUAGUGAUAUUUCGUAUGUCGACAUUCCAAAACAGAAUACUGCAACACACAGUCAGAUAGUUUACAGUUGCAAUGAACCCUUGUCUC